GAAAAAUCUCGCACGCCCUCUCCGCUCCUGAUUGGCCAGCGUGGCCGGAAGUAGGUCAUCCUGGCUCAGCUCGCAGAGCCAAGUUGCAGGGAAAAAAAAGCCAGGCAUAAUUGGCAAUGGCCACGGUGAGUGACCAAUUCGUUGGGUAUGGCUUGGUGACCUUCAGCUUGGUUCUCUUCGCCUACUACACGGUCUGGAUAAUCGUCCUGCCCUUCAUCGAGAGCGACCACCUCAUUCACAAGUACUUCCUACCCCGAGAAUAUUCAGUGAUCAUUCCUGUGGUGGCUGGAUUGCUGUUGCUGCUAUUUAUUGGAACUUUUAUAACCAUCGUGAUGUGGAAGAAUCAGAAAUCGGGGAAAAAAUCCGCUUGAAGAGAGAAUGGGAGGAGAGGAAGAUGGGAGAUCCCCUCCAGGGUUCAGUUUUGGGGAACCGUGCAGCCAUUAGCAAGAUAUUUGGGGAGCCAGCACUGAUCCCAUCAUCCCCACCCCAUCCAGGCGUGGACGGAGUUUCCAAACUGUGAACCAAAGAGAUUCAACCUGCACAGAUCCCCACGUAUAUGUUACCCAAUCUGAAAUCCCAGCGCGAGGGAUCCACCCAAUCUCUUUUUAAGGGUCCAAAUUUAGCCUGGAAACUCAACUAGGACUGACGUUUACCAGUUCCAGUUGUUUGUGUGUGUGUGUUUUUUUAAUCCUGCUUUUCUCCUGCAUCAUCUCGUGUGGGUUAUUUUUUAAUUUUUUUUAUUUUAUAGAGAAACAAACAUUUAGUACAUCAAUCAUUCCUCCCGUGUGACAUCUUCAUAGCUCCACCUUUCUUCGCUUCGAUUUCAUCCAUUACCAUUUUUUCACAAGCACAGUAUUCUAAUUAUACCUUUUUUUUUUUACAUAAUUACCCGUCGCUUAUCUAUAUCUUUUUCCUAACCAAUGAUAAAAUUUGUCCCAUAUCUUAAAAUAUCCUGAAUCCUCUCUUUCUUUGAUCAUUAAAGUUAAUCCAUUCAUUUCUGCACAAUCUAAAUUUUU